AUGAUUAAAAUCCUAUCAGCUGAGCACACAAUGUAUCAACACGAGUGUCAAUAUUUGUUCGUGGGUGUAUCUAAUUCUCCGUAUUACGUGUACGAAAUACACACAAGUGACAGCAUUAUUAAAACGCGUGUAAACAGGCUUUUAAUGAUACAAUAUUUAAGCAGCCGGUUGCCGUCGACACUUAGUCUGCAGAAAGCAAUACAGUCGAGAUCAUCACGUAAUUCGUACGAGUCUUUUACAAACUUGUCAGACAUGGUAAUGGGAAAAGUGAUCGUUUUCUUGGCAAUAGUGGCCGUAGCUGCCAUCUUUACGGAAGUCAGCUCUGUUCCUCAAGUCGCUCUAUAUGCCAACAAUUCAAACAAGUCGCACAACCUGAUCAUUGGGUACAGAAUGCCUGGUGACAGACUUGUAGUCAGAAGCAGAGUCGUUAAGAAUUCUUCUUGGAUGCAGAUAGUUACCGACACAAAAACCUUCAACACAACGAGAUGGGACAGGAUCACCUUGGUCCAGGCACUUGACCAGAAGACCAACGGUAACGGUGCCUACGCCAGCAUUCUCAAUGGUGGCCCAGGACACCAGAACGUUACCAUCCGGUUCAAGAGCCAGAGGAGUCACGGAAUCGACUUUAUCGUCGAGUUGUAUGCACGACCGUGA